AGGGAGGGAGGAUGCUGCAUCCUCUGCAUGUGCUCAGCACACAGCUGGGCAAUUUAUUCUCUUGCUGCAGUUUUCAUAAGGGUUCUCCAGCUGUAGUCCACUUGUUUAGCUGUGAAAGUUGAACUGCCCUAAAUUUUGCAAGAUAAUUUUGACUACCCUGGUUGUGUGUUGGGAAUUCUUUUUAUCUACAAGUAUGAAAUUUAUGCAGUAAUUUUCUUUAACACUUAAGGUGCUCACUGUCACAGAACUUACAUCAAAUGUGACCUUUUAAUUUUUGCACUAAAUCUGGAACUCUGAGUUUUGUGCGUGUUUCAGUGAGGUUAUGUUCUAAUUUGUAUACUUAAUAUUUGAUGUUUCUUUGAUGUAGAACACUUUAUUGUAUGCUUAGGCGUCAGUAAAGGUAAAAGUCAUAUCUAGGAUUUAGGUUGCUUACGCCAGUCAUUAGAUUUUUAUUGGUUUUUUAAGUCCGAUUUGUUAAGUACAUAUUUUUUUCUGGUGAGAAGGAUCAUGUUUGGGAAACAGGAUAUAAUUCAUAGUUGGGCAAUGUAUUUAAUGUUCAACGUCAUUAAGAAAAUCCAACUAUUACAUUUACAUUGCUGGGUUUAAAAGUAUGUGUGUUCUUAAAGGGUAGUGAGCAAUCAGCUAUCCAAAAAAAAAAAACCAACCCACCAAGGUCCUUAGCCCUGAAGUACAGUCUAGGUUAGCAAUGUUAGAGCCAAAGUUUGGGGGUAGAAUCAGUGUAGCACAAAAUCAGUCAAAACACUUCUUAGUACACCAUCUGAUUAAUUAUCUGGUAUAUUUUUCAGUGCAUAGCAAACUGCAAGGACCAGCUGUGCAUCACAACAGUUACAUAUUCUCAAGUGAAUUCUUCUUUCUUCUCUAGAAUUCAGAGUUUAUUUCUGAGUUCAGCUGAAGAAAAUAGGUCUUUUCCUUCAACAUAAGAAACUAAAUAUUUCAAUGUAUAAAUCUUACGAGUUUUUUUUGGUUGAGAGAAAUUAGGCAUCAGAAUCUCGUAUGCUUUGAUUGGUCUUGGGCAUUGGGCAGUGUUACUUUUUGUUUUGGGUUUUGUUUUUUUGUCAUUAAUACCCUUUUUCUUUUCUUUGUUUCUUUAGCUUCUGCCUUAGGUGAGCCCUUUUGGUAGGGGUCUUUCUCUUAAAAGACAUUGGUUGAUAGGAGAUUUGAAUUUUAACAUCCUGGAAAUCCAUACCAUCUUGGCCUAGCUCACUUAUUGCUUAAUCUGAUACACACAGUUAUAGUUUGCCUUCUCACUUUGUCUUCUAUGCUAUGUAAUAGUAAGGGAUUUUUUUUUUUGUUUUGGGGUUGGGGUUUUUUUUUUUUCAGUUCUUGAACGCUUGUUUUGCUUCAGACUGCAAAUAAGACACAUCGAAGUUACUUUUAAAGUGCAGUGUAUUCUUUGUAUGGGGGAUAUUGCUGCACAAACAUUAUAAAUGUCAGAACGUAGUUUUCUGACUGAAAACUCUCUAGCUGACUUUUUUAAAAGUUCUGUAAAGGAAGUUCUUAUAGAAACAACUGUAGAUGAUGCUCACUUUACUUAUUUAGUACUAUGCUCAAGUUUGCAGCUGUAAAGUCAGAAAUAAUUCCAUUGAGUCAGAAUUGCAAAGGCAAUUCACUUUGCAAAGUUUGGAGUGGAUUUUUGCUCUUUGUCAGCUGUUGGUUUCCUUUCUUCUAGGUAGAACAUUAACAACAUGCCCAGACUUUAUUAAAAUAAUAAAAACCCUGUACAAAGUCCUUCCUGAAUGACACAGAAAGUUUUAUCUUCCUUUCGUCCCCUGAGGAUUUCAUGUUAGUGUCCAAAUAACCCAAAAUACCAUAGUCAAAAUGGAAAAAGUGAUUAGGGAUUGAUUGUUUCUUGUUUAGUCUUUACGUCAUUUAAGGGCCAGAUAUGAUUCUGUGAAGACUUUAGUGCCACGUUUCAAUCUUCAGUCAGUCAGACUGUCCAGGUAAAUGUGUUGUACUCUUGUCUUAAUCCUUAAAUUAUUAAUGGAAUUUUUAGGGCUGUGUUAUCUGAGACAUUCAAAUAUAUUUUGACUAUGUGUAAGUUCUGAGGUAUCAAAUAUCUCUAAAAUAUGUUAGGAAAACUAAAUUAAGAAAGCAGAACACUUGCUCUCCUUUCAGCAUUGCAGUUCUGGCUGGUUAUUUCCAUAGUCUAAAACUGAUAAUUAAAAGGAUCCUAAAACUUUAUUUUCACCAGAAAAUUUUUCUUACGCUACCAGUAAUAGCGUAUUCAUUAAAUGUCAAAGUUGAGGAAGAUGGAAAAAGCAGCUAAUAUACAAGUAAUGUUUUUUAGUCUUUCCAUUAGUUAUCUUUAAUUAUUUUGGUUGGUACCUUUGUCAUACGUUAACCUCAUUCUAAUCCUUGAAAUAACCUUUUGCCUGUAGGGUAAGAGCAAGUAAAUAAAAAGUGUAUAUAGCAGUUUAUUAUGAAAUAUCUUUGUCUGUGCCACUCACUCCACUUCUCUGUAAUCCUUCGGCAUAGCAUGAAAUAUAGGAAGGGUUUUUUUUUUACUACCUUUCUGGCUAAUUCUGAAUUGUGGUAAGAGCAUUGCAGCAGGCAUUGCUGGAACAAUCUGUCCUAUGUCCAUAGACCCACUGUUACUGUGAAUUUCAGGCAAUCCUUUCUUGUCCAGUGGUAAAUAUAUUUUCAUCUCUGAAAAGCAUUUGUUGAGGUUGGAGGUUUUCAAGACUCAUCUGGACAAAGCCCUGAGCCCAGUGUUGACCCUGCUUUAAGCACUUAAGUUGGAUGAGAUGACCUACCACAGACCCUGCCAACCUGUAUGAUUAUGAACGUUGUCGUAACUAUUAAAGGGCAUAAUGCAGAAUCCUUUAACUUUUUCUGCAGGUGGUGUUUUUUUGCAUGCUAAUCCUGCAGAGAAACAUUGUGUCCAACAAAGUAUGCUGGGUCAGCAAAACCAAGAAACUUGUGCUGGAAAGACGGUAUCCACAGAUAAACACAAAUCCCCUUCGGAUAUAAUACGAAGUUUUCAGAAGAAAAGUCAGUUUAGAACCAUUGCUCCAAAAAUGGUACCAAAAAUUUUAACAUCUGGAGUUGUUUCUUGUCUUCAGUCAUCUUUGCCUGAUCAAAAUACACCGAUUUCAGCUGCAGGUUCUAAACCGCUGGUGGUACCAACUCAAAACUAUGCUGUCAUGCAGGUGGCUGGUCAUGAGGGAACUUUUUCUCUGUUGGCCUUGCCGUAUGUUGCUCCUGCCCUAGCACAGCAAGUCCAGCAGUCAAGCAUGGCCCCUUCUGAAAACCUAAAGCUGCCUAUCCCUAGGUACCAAUCUGUAAGAAAUAAACUGCUGAGUGACAAAAAAACGGCACAAAUCUCUGUUUUGGGUGCACAUAACAAGAUUCCUACCAAAGCAUCGAUCUCAUCGCAGACUUCCCCCUUGACUACCUUAGCUGAAGAUUGUCCUGAAACUCACUCCAGUUCAGAUUCAGCUGAGCGAGUGAUGCUAACAGACCGUGACUCAGCUAAAAUUACAGUUGCCACAUUAGUAAAUAAAAGCAAUUGUGUGGAUUGUUCACCUUUAGUGAACAAAACUGAAAUCACUAACAGUAAUGUGUCUGGACCAUCUCUAGUUAAAGACUCUUUAUCCAAGCCAGCAAGUACAAUUAGUCCCAUGAAACUAAGUCUGCCCUCUGUGAAGAGAGCAUCUGAAACCACAAGAGAGUCAUUCAUAACAUCUGAGAAACUAAAGGAAAAACCCGCAAAUUCUGUUGCUGUCCUGUCACCAGCAGUUUUUGCCAGUACAAUACAGAUGACUCCAUCAGCACCAAAAGGAAAACUUCCUAUUUUGCCUUACUCAAGGAUGAAAAAUUCAGCAUUCUGUAAAUCUAAGCACAAUACUAACGUUACAGCUGUAUCUGGUCCUUCACUAAGAUCUGAAUGUGAAAAGAUACCAGCUUUGGCGAAAACCUUUCAUGCUCCUACUAAAUCAUCUGAUAAGCGAUUAGCCAUAUCGUUUACACAUGUCCCCAGACAAACCAUUCAAGAAAAUACCUUCUCUCCAUCCAAUAAGGUAGAUAUCGACAAUCUUAAAAAAUUGAACAGUGCAGUCUCUAAAAGAAAAGGCAGGAAAAGAAGAGCCCCAGAUGAUUUAUUGGCUUUUCAGACCAAGCGAAGGAAAUGCAUCCUUAAUAAGUUUAGAGAAGGAAGAGAGAGGAUGAAAGUUGAUCUUCAGCCACCUGAAGACAAAAAAGCAGAGGCAGUGAAAAAAUACCGUAGCAUUAGACCAAAACCAGUGGUAGUUGUGCAGGCUUUUGCACCACUGACGUCUGCAGCAAUAGUAGGGACACCAUCUCCUGACCGUUCAGAUGAAGAUAUUUUUUUAAAUAGCUCACUUCCCAACAAAUAUUUAAGUUACAAGCAUAGUGAUGCUGCAUCAGCUAAAUCAAGUGACUUAAGUAGAAAUGCAUGUUCAACUGUACCUAAGCCGUCACAUAAAUGUCACGUUUGUAACCAUAUCUUCCAGUUUAAACACCAUCUUCAGGACCACAUGAACACACAUACAAACAAACGGCCUUACAGCUGUCGAAUUUGCCGGAAAGCAUAUAUUCACUCGGGAAGCCUGAGCACACAUAUGAAACUUCAUCACAACGAAGGCAAACCUAAAAAACUUGUGUGUUGUGAAUUCUGUGCUAAAGUUUUUGGCCAUGCAAAAGUGUAUUUCGGUCACCUAAGAGAAGUGCACAGGGUUGUUAUCAGCACAGAGUCCUCUACUAGUGAGCAACAGCUGCAAGAUGCUUUAAAGAAGAGAGACACAAAUAUAAAAGAAGCAGAAGAAGUAACGGAGAGGGAAAAUAAGUGCAAUUUUGAGGAGCUAUUCCAUAACCCAGGAGAAGUGAAAUUACAGAUCAAAUGUGGUCGAUGCCAGUUUAUUGCACAGUCUUUUGGUGAAAUGAAGUUUCACUUAUUGUGCUCUCAUGGAGAAGAGAUCCAGGGAAGAGUAAAGGAAGGGGUUCUGCAAGGAAAUAGAGGAGCUAAGGGGGAACUGAUCAAACAGGCAAGCCACUUCUGGAAACAGCGUAAUGAGAGAAGACAUUUAGUGAAAUGCAGUGCCCGUGAGGAGGAGUUUUAUACUUUUCCAAAACUGAAAAGACAGAUAUACUUUCACCAUCAAAAUAACACUGAUACGUUAUCUAAAAGUGAACUGACUCAGUCAGGAAGCGGAGAAGCAGCCAAGCAGACGCAAAAUGUAGGUCUUGGUACACCAAGCAAAAAAAUAGAAAUUUGGUCUAAAGCGGGCUAUAACUGCAUUUUAUGCAAACAGUUAUUUGGAAGAAAAGAGGAUCUUUGUAAUCAUUGGCAGAGUCAUCAUAACUGUGAAGACCCUUCUACUUUAUGGACAAUUUUUAGUUUGUUAUCAAAACAAGGAAUUACUGAACUUUCUAAUAAUGGUGAAUAUUGAAGCUCAAGUCUACAAUGCUAUGGAAAACGUCAGCUACCUUACCAAAUUGUUUAUGGUCUUUUGCUGUGUUGCUAAACUAACACAAGAGAUGUAUGACUUAAGAGGUUGGUUUGGUGGGUUGGUUGGCGUUUUUUUAAGUUAUGCUAAUGUUUAUUUUGUUAAAUAGAAUAUGUAUUUAUCCAGUAUCAUUCCAGAUGGGAACACACAAGCCAAUUAUGAAACACUGUUCUUAAAAUUCACACUUAAGGAACUUAGCAGCAGCAAAUACUCAGUGCUAAUGGUUAAUAUAAAGGAAAAAGAGUCUCAAAUUAUACUGGACACAGAAGUAAAUCAGUUGAUACGAAUUAUUGAAUUAAAUAACAAACCAGACUGAAAGUGUAAUUUCAGUCCCAACUGUGCUUCCAGAUUUUAUGAUAAAUAUAUAUUUCCAUGCAAUUCUCUGAAUCAUUUGAAUGUGCAUACAUGCAGCCGGCAUUCAGGAGCUUUAUAAUCUAUAAAUUAAGAGCAUUUAAUUUCUGUUUUCUUCAUUUCAAUGUUUUCAACCAUGUUCACUGCUUGCAGGUUUGUUAUUGGCAGGUCUUUUAGGUGCUAUAUUCUGUCCUGGUAAUAGCAAGGAUCUUUGGAUUUUUAAAGUGAAAAAUCUACAUGUGGUUUUUUGCCUGUAGCUCUUUGGGUUGAAGAUGAGUUAGUUGCCACCCAGGAAGAUGGAACCCUCAAAGCCUGACUGCUUUAUGAAAAAAUAAAACUAGUUUGUUUUAAAAAUAGUAAUCUGAGUUGGUUACUCCUGGGAAAUUUGACAUUCUGCAACAGACUGAAUGUUUCACAGUGAACUUUUAGCAUGUUCCUUGCACCUCCUGUGGCAGCAGCACUACUGCUGCCAACACCAUUAGCACCCUGCCUUUAACACUCUUGGUAUAUAGGUUUUGUACCUCUGCAGUUGACCUAGUCUGUGGCUUUAAAGGGAAAUUUUUCUAGGUCUAUAGUACAGGUACAGGUAAUAAGUUUUUUUCACUUGUGUUGCCAGAUUUACUGUACUAGAGAAAUUGCAUGCAGCACCUUAACCUUCUAAUGUCAGGAGCCAGUAACAGUUGCCUUACCAGGAUGCAAAGCUGUAGCAGCCUGUCAUGCAGGAAUAGUGCAUGCUGUGUUCCCUGCUACAGAGCCGGCAUGGUAAGUGACCGUUUCAGCGCAUCUGCAAGGGGGCAGGUCAGUUCAGGCUGUAAGGAGAUGCAGUUUGGGAGCUCAGUUUUGAUGGAAAGGUCAUUGAACCAUUGAAUUUAGUUUGAAAUUGGUGCUUAAACUGCUGUUAAAGCCUUACGGACCUCUGAAUUAUUUUGGGAGCAAUAAUGGCGGCAGCAUAAGAAACCACUGUAUCACUGUUCAACAGAAGUCAGAGCACUUCAGAGGGCAAACUGAAAAAUACACCAACACUGUCUUUACAAUACCACUGUAUCCAUUUCUUCUCAUGGUCAAACUGUAAUUGAGGGAUUGCAGUGAUGAAGGAGUCAUUCCUAAAAUGUCCUGGGUGGCUUCUCACUUUGUUUUGCAAAAAAUUGUGGUGAUGAGAACAUGAGGAGAGAUGUAAAAAUGUUGGGUUUUCUGAGUAAUUUUCCAGAAGAUGUUGCAAUAUUUUAUGUAUUUCUUUCGUUUUUAAACAAUAAAGGCAGAUUCGAUGAGCAAA